UUGAGUGAAUAAAGAUGAUUCCAUUCUGAACUAAGGAAUAAAGCAGUUGUGUUUUUCUCAAGAUAUAUUCCCUGCGACAUAUCAUUUUGGCGACGAGGAUUAUUACUGAACCCGGAACCCGAAGCUCACGAGAUUCUGAAGCUAACGAGAAUUAGCGUCAAGGAUGAACAAUGAAAACCUUGAAACCGUUAUCAACCAAAUGGCUCAACUUCUUCAACAGAUGGCUGCUUUUAAAACUAGAAGUCCUGACGAAAUCCUUGAAUCUUUAUCGAAAACCAUCGAGGAGUUUCGUUUCGAUGAAGAAAACAACAUCACUUUUGAAAAAUGGUAUGUACGUUUCAAAGACCUUUUUCAAAACGAUGCCAGCAGUUUGAAUGACGAGGCGAAAGUGCGACUUUUGCUGAGGAAGCUGGAAACGUCCGCUCACAGCCGGUAUGUGAAUUACAUUCUUCCGAAGCAACCGCAUGAAAAUUCGUUUGAAGAAACCGUCAAUAUUCUCAAAAAAAUCUUCGGAAAGCAAUAUUCGGUGUUCCACAAAAGGUACCAGUGCUUGCAGAUAGUGAAAUCUGCAUUAGAAGAUAUCAUCACUUACGGCGGAAGAGUGAAUAAGGCAUGCGAGGAUUCUGAGUUCGAGAAUUUGAAAUUAGACGAUUUCAAAUGUCUAAUUUUCAUUUGCGGACUGCAAGCUCCGGAAUUCUCGGAUAUCAGAGCAAGACUGCUAUCUCGAAUAGAAAACGCGACGCCGGAGGCUAAAGUGAACAUUCAAACACUAAUGGCAGAAUUUCAACGGCUUAUCAAUCUGAAAGCGGAUACAACGAUGAUCGAAAAUCAAUCAAGAUCGAAGCAUUCCGUGCAUGCAGUUUCAGAGAAGAAACCGUAUCGUUUGCCACAGCCUUCCCGAUUCGACAAUUCAAAAGAUCAGCGUCAACCGAAAUCAGAUUCGAAUACUGUCCCUCGUACUCCUUGUUGGCAAUGUGGAAAAAUGCAUUUUGUACGGGAUUGCAAUUUUACAGAUCAUCUCUGCAAAGUGUGCAAAAAUGUAGGCCACAAGGAAGGUUACUGUAAAGCCAUGAGAUCAAAAUCUUCAAACAACAACACAUAUCAAAAGAGUGAGAAGAAUCAAAAUCAAAAUCAAAAGAAAUCUCAGGGAAUUUUCGUUAAUCAUGUCACGAAAAACACUGCUAAAAGGAAAUUUAUCUCUAUCAUAAUCAAUGGCAUAACUACAUCACUCCAACUGGACACCGCAAGUGACAUAACAGUUAUUUCUAAAACAACAUGGCAACAUUUGGGUCAACCGAAACUUUCUCAAGCAUCCAUUGAAGCAUCGAAUGCAUCGGGAGAACAACUCAAGCUUAUCGGUGAAUUCGAAUGCGAGGUUAUCCUUAAUGCGAUUACAGAGAAAUGUGUUUGUUUUGUUACAUCAUCACCAGUCCUAAAUGUUAUAGGUAUAGAUUGGAUAGAUAGGUUUAAUCUAUGGGCAAUUCCCUUCGAUGUACUGUGUAAGAAAGUUUCAUCAGCAUGUCCAAAGGAUCGAAUAGUACAGCUUCAAUCGAAAUAUCCAACAGUUUUCGAUGAUUCGCUUGGACAUUGCACAAAAACGAAGGUGAAACUGUUUCUGAAGCCCAAUGUAAAACCAGUUUUCUGUCCAAAACGACCAGUACCAUUCAAUACUAUCGCUCUUGUGGAUGCGGAACUAUCAAGACUACAAUCACUAGGCAUCAUCACACCAAUAGACUUUUCGGAGUGGGCUGCUCCGAUAGUAGCCAUUCGCAAGCCUAAUGGUAAAGUUCGAAUUUGUGCGGAUUAUUCGACGGGGCUUAACGAAGCUUUAGAGUCAAAUCAUUAUCCUCUACCUACUCCUGAAGAAAUUUUUGCACAGUUGAACGGAAGUGUUGUAUUCAGCAUAGUCGAUUUGUCCGAUGCAUACCUACAAGUAGAAGUAGAAGACGAAUCUAAACACCUUCUUACGAUCAACACACAUAGAGGUCUUUUUCAGUUCAACCGUCUCGCACCGGGAGUCAAAUCAGCACCUGGAGCUUUUCAAAGACUAGUUGACGGUAUGAUUGCUGACAUUCCUGGCGUUAGAACAUUUCUAGAUGAUGCUAUAAUUUUCGGUAAAACUUGGGAGGCACACAAGCAAUCAUUAGACACAUUUCUUCAGCGUUUAAAAGAAUAUGGCUUCCACGUCAAGCUGGAAAAAUGUCAUUUCUAUCAAACUGAAAUUGUCUAUUUGGGGCAUGUGGUAGAUCGCAACGGCAUACGUCCUGACCCAGAGAAGCUGAAAACCAUCGCAUCUAUUCCAGCACCAACGAACAUUUCCGAAUUAAGAUCGUUCUUAGGAGCUGUGAAUUUCUACGGCCGAUUUGUGAGAAACAUGCAUGAACUCAGACACCCGUUAGAUCAAUUGCUAAAGAAGGAUACGAAGUGGAAGUGGAAUUCGGAUUGUCAGACAUCGUUCGAAAAAUUCAAGAAAGUACUGCAAUCUGACUUACUGUUGACACAUUAUGAUCCGAAUCUUCCUAUCAUCGUUGCAGCAGAUGCGUCUAGCACCGGCGUUGGCGCAGUCAUUUUUCAUAAAUUUCCGAACGGAUAUUUGAAAGCCAUUCAACAUGCUUCAAGAACAUUAACGUCUGCAGAACAAGGCUACGGACAACCGGAAAAAGAAGCUCUGGCUCUUACUUAUGGGGUAACCAAAUUUCAUAAGUACUUACUUGGUCGGAAAUUUACUCUUUUAACCGAUCAUAAGCCUUUACUAUCCAUAUUUGGUUCAAAAAAGGGAAUUCCUUUGCACACAGCAAACCGACUCCAACGGUGGGCAUUGAUGUUAUUAAACUACGAUUUUACCAUCGAAUAUGUUUCAACCACCGAGUUUGGGUGCGCUGACAUGCUAUCAAGGCUAAUCAACCGUUGCAAGCAACCAGAGGAAGAUUACGUUAUAGCUUCGAUUUCACUUGAAGAGGAUAUUCAAAACGUCAUGCACGAAUCAUUGAAACAAGUACCAGUAUCAUUUGCUGACAUUCAAAAAGCAACAAGAUUGGACGAAACACUGCAAGCUGUUUUGAAAUUCAUCCGGGAAGGCUGGCCGAACGAAGCGUCGUCAAUCAAAAAUCAAGACAUUCGUUCGUAUUACACACGAAAAGAAUCGUUAACGCAUGUAGAUGGAUGUAUCUUGUUUCACAACAGAGUUGUUGUUCCAAACAUUUACAGGAAAAAGGUACUUCAACAAUUCCAUCGCGGUCAUCCUGGAAUGGUGCGAAUGAAAUCCAUUUCUCGAAGUUUCGUUUUCUGGCCGGGAAUGGAUGUCGAUAUCGAAAACUGCACCAUACCAUCCGCAGUCAAACGGUUUGGCAGAACGUUUCGUGGACACACUAAAGCGUACAUUGCGAAAAAUUCGAGCAGGAGGAGAGACUUUAGAUGAAGCUUUGCAGACUUUUUUGCAAGUUUAUCGAACCACACCUACACCAGAUAAGUCUCCAGCUGAAUUGAUGUUUCAGCGGCCUAUUCGAACAGUUCAGUCAUUAUUACUACCUCCAGUUUCACGGUCACGAAAUGAAAAGCCAGAAGCUGGUAGAAAAUUCUUCGAUCCUGGAGAAGCGGUUUAUGCCCAAGUCCACCGCAAUAAUUCCUGGGAGUGGAAACCGGCAUCAAUAGUCGAACGAAUCGGUAGAGUGAAUUACAACGUGUUUUUGGAAGACAACCAGCGAAUUAUUCGCUCACAUGCAAAUCAACUGAAGAAGCGUCUACAGGAGGAAACAUCGUGUGGAAAUAGAAAUUGUCACGACACUGGAAAUUUGUUAACUAUUUUCUUUGACGAAUUUGAAUUGGGAACUCCACAGGCAGUUGAAAACUCAAUUGAAAUGACUGAACAAGAACAUUACUAUUCAGCUGAUGAAGAGUCCGCUGAAGAAAUUGAAGGAGAAAAUUGGCAAACAUCAUCGUCCACAGUUACUACUCAAGCCACUCCACCGAUGCCUGCAUCUUCUGCUCAACCCGUGAAAGCGGAAAGACCUCGAAGAAUUCGUAGGCCACCAGCCAGGUUUGAACCGUAUUGGUGAAUUAAGGGGGGAGAUGUUGCAUAGUAACACGCAUAACGCAGUAACAUUGCAAGACUCGAUCAGAGUACACAUUGAGUGAAUAAAGAUGAUUCCAUUCUGAACUAAGGAAUAAAGCAGUUGUGUUUUUCUCAAGAUAUAUUCCCUGCGACAUAUCACUAUCCCGCCAAGUAACGUCGCUUAACGUUUAUCGAAAGCAUUUUUCAACACAAAAAAAAACAAAACAAAAAAAAAACGCACACAGAAUAAGGCAGCAGCAGCAGACACGGAGAGAGGAAAGGUUUUGAACGCAAUGGACAUGUUCUCGACAUCGGUUGGUUGAUUUCCUUUUCGGGGCAGCUUUGGAAACAGUUUUCGCAUCUUGCACCACGACACCGGCGCGGAUGUGGGAAUCGGUUUUAUCUUGGGGCGGCCUCCCUCCCUCCGUCGUCGUCGUCCUCAAUCAUCAUGCAUCGACCGGACGCGCGCGGGCACAUGGAUGAAAAUGUCUCAGCGUCACACUGCGCGCGGGUUUGUCGAGUCGUGUCUUUUUGUGUCUUUUCUUCGUCCUUUCGAAACAUGUCGUUUGGGGAAGGAGAGUUAUUUAUUUUUUUGUUUUGUGUUUUGGACGAUGAACGAUUAUGGCAGCCGGAAUGGAAAUGUACAUGUCCGAUAUCAUUACCCCCCCGCCUUCCUCGACUGCUCUGUGGUGGUAGGCUAUUAUUUUAGGUUAUCAAAAUUAUCAUCAAUUAAUCUUGCGGUAUUUAAGUGAUAGGUUGCACUGGUCACACGUGGCUACGUUCGUACUGGGCCUGUGUUCGUGUUUUAAGUUUUAUCUGAUAGUUUUUCGAAAAAAGAAAGAUAAUUAAUGCAAUGCAUAGGGAGCUUAAUCCAUCCCUUUAUUUCCUGAGGGUUUGAAAUGUGUGUGUGUGUGUGUGUGUGUGUGUGUGUGUGUGUGUGUGUGUGUGUGUGUGUGUGUGUGUGUGUGUGCAUGUGCACAUGUUUAUCGUGCCUUUGUGGAACCACGUGGCAUUUAAUUCUGAUCACGCAUGCAAUUAAAAAUAGAACGUAAAUUAAACACAUUUUACGUUGAAUAUUUUCGAGUCGGAAAAGCAUUAUAAAUAGGGUAAUAACAAAAGCUCUUAGUAAUAAACAUUGAUAGGCCCAAUUGCGUACAAAGCAAUACAAAAUAACUCGCGAUAAAGAAGACUUUUGUUUGACAUAAUGCUCCUGACCACGAUCUCCCCCCUAGUACUUGUGGUGAAAUGACUCUGUGUGUGAUUUAAACAAAAAUACCCUCCAACCCAACCGAACUAGGUUCCCCGGGCGCGUAAUGGAAGGAGAAAUAAAUCCUGCAAUUAUGCUCCCUCACGUGUGCGGUGUGUGGGCCAUAUAGGGAUUACCGUGCGGCCAGUAGCAACCACAAACCUCCACCACUGGUAGCAAAUUUCAACAAGAAAGAGAGGGGAAAGAAGGAAAAAAAGGCACUGCAUUACGUACACACGCACCCCCUCGAAACCAACAAUCAUCCCUCCUUGAGCCUUCCCCCCGACACGCCUUGAGCUGCACAGCAAAACCCGUUUUCGGGGGGAGGCGAUAUCACAAAUGCAUCGAGACUACUGCACAUGAAUGAGGUGGUGGUGGUGGCGGCGCAGUGUGGCCUUUUAUUUUGCAGAAGAUGGAAAAAAUGGCCUGCGCAAUUCGCAUCAAUGACGUGACCGUGCGCUUGUGUGUUUGUGUACUUAAGGGGUUUUAAUUUUUCAGCAAACUCCUCUCUACUGACCACAAUUUGUGUGCAAUAAUGAUCCCUUGUGCGCCCCGGGAACACUGCGCUCCUGCAUCACGCAGGAGUGUGAUGUGCACAGGCAGUAAGAAAAUCGUAAUAAACAUUAACAGCACUCACCGGCGUGUGUGUGUGAGUGCAGGGGUGGGAAAAAGGGUGGCAAGACUUUUGCCAUAUUAACGAGAUUUGCGUACCCGGCUGGGGGUAUCGAUAAUGAAAUGAACGAUUUUAUUACAUUGCAGGGAGAGAAAAAACAAAAAACAGGCAAACGUUUUACUGCGGUGCAAUUUUGUGCGUUUGCACCCGAGUGAAUCAUUGUGCUGUUGUGGCACUGCAUGCACUGUGUGUGUGUUUUUUUCUCUUUUUCCUCCGCUUCUGUUUAAUUUCGUGUGCAAUCGCCUUCCAUCAAUAAUGGACAGGCGAUUGACGUAAAAUCAAUUCUAAAAUUAAAGCGCAUUGCUGCUGCCGUUUCCAUUCUGCAUCGAUGCACGCACCACCACAACCACCCCCUCAAUGGUGCACCAAAGGAAUGAGUGCAAAAAAAAAAAAAACGAACGAUGGAAUGAAGCGGCUUGAUAUAGAGGAAAAGUUUAACAUUAAUCAGUUUAUGUCAAUUCAUGUUUACCACCACCAUCCACCACCGCGGGCAAGGAUUAAUUAAAUCCCUUUACUGACAGCUGCCUUAAUUGCGGAACACACAAUAUAAUAUCGAUUUGUGGGGAGUGAUGCGCAGGGCUGGGAGGGGGGGGGAGAGCUUUUAUGUGUCGUCCAUCCACUGUCGGCAAAAGUAAUGACGCGCUGAAAACCGUUGAAAAACGGCAAAAUUCGAAAUGGUAAAGCGUCCACCGCACACACACACACAGCCAUAUAAGCGUCUGUGCAAAUAUUCGGCCACACACACACACGCACACAAGCAGGCGCACAUGCACACGCAAUGGCCAAAAAUGCAGCGCGCAGCGAGUUGCAUAACCUUUCUCUGCUCCUUUCGAAACUUCCAUUUUUUUCCCCCAUUUCGGGGGUUCGGUGCAGCAGCAGCAGGUUAAAAACGUGCCCCUUACGAAAAGCUUCAACGCUUCGAUGUCUCCAUUCCCUCCCUGUGCCAAAUCGAAGGCCACCUCCGCCACCAUCACGUGCAAAGCGCGGGAAGAACAUAACAGAAUCAUUAUCCAAUCAACUCUCCCCAGCUUUCUGCAAAAUGCUGGUGUGUUUUCUUUCCUCCCCACUUCUGGU